CCUGCGCUGCACGAGUUUGAACGUGAAGGGAACGGCGAGCGAUGUCGCGCGGUUUAGACCCGGGGGUCGGAACGAGGGAGCGUGAGCAGGCAGGCAGGCCCACUGGUUGCGAGAGGCUCGUUGGCUGCCGGGGCUCGUCCAGUCUCUGGCCUUGUUGAGGUUUGUGCUCUGUGUGGUCCCAACUCUUCCCAUUGAGGUUUUCUCCUCUCUCUCCCUCUCUCUCCCUCUCCCUCUCUGCGUCUCCCCCUUCCCUUCCUUUCCUUCGUUCGCGGCGUCCCUCGACACCAGCAAGCAAGCCCAAACUCGAGAGGAGAAGACAGGAGAGGGUAGCGCUGGAGCGUUGUAGAGGCCCUGCAGCAGAAGAAACAUCUCUCUGAAGGCACUCUUCCGCUUUGCUUGCUGCGCCUCUCCAGCAAGCGAGUGACUCUUUUGGUUACAGUACUCAAGGAUCAUCAGCUUUUGCCCGUUCUUUUUCCUCGUAAUUCUUGCAACGAUCUUGGUGCUCGCAAAGACUUACUUUUCUCUUUCGGUUUUGGAUUAUGAUAAAACACUGUGGCUCGAACGAGGAGAACACAACCUAAUCUCGAAUCCUAUCGAAUCGGUUUUGGUCCGGGUAAGGUGGUUAAUUUAUUGAGGAGGUGACUCGCAAGAGGAAGGAAGGUGCCGGAGAGCGGCUUGGAGGUAGAACCACGCGAUAGUUUUCCAUUUGAAGGGCUGGUGUCCAAGGACUUCGGUGUUGGAGUUCGGUGAGCCGUGAGAGUUAUGGUUACACGGUCAUUCAAAGUCAUCAGAUAGUUACACAGUCAUCAAAAGUCAUACAAUCAGCCAGUUUUCUGGCUCCCGCAAUCAACCAGUUUUAAGCGCUUCUCUCUUUUAAGUGCUUUUCUUGCCGAGAAGUAAUCUUUAAACUUGUCAGAUUGUCAUCCGAGUUGAAGCGCAGAGGGAUAGAUACGGUGUUACGUGCACUGUUUUGCCCGUUUCUUAUCUCCCCUUCCUCCUUUCACACGUGCAUAACUCUACCGUUCCUACAAGCCCUUCGUUUCUCUUCCCGGAUAGCAGUGUCUGGUUCUAAAAGAGGGACCUAGUGUCUCGUCCUGUUUUCCUCGGGGUUCGUCUAGUGGCAUCAAGUGGCGACUGAGGUCUUCCUCAUCGCCCACCUCCCAACCCGUUCCUCAAUCUGUUCCAGGAACCAGUACAUCCUUUGAAUAGUAGGUUUCUUCGAGAUGAGCACGGUAUCCGAUAUUGGAGACGGUAGAUUUAGCACAAUUGAGUGAAUAUGUGUUGUAACACAACGACCAAUUUCGAGACCCCGUUUUAAGAGUUGACACCUAUGGCACGAGGGAAAUACAGGGGUUUGCGAUAAUUUUCUUCUGUACGGAGGAGAAUUUAAGUUGGAGGUCAACUUGCGGGAACGGCAGGUUGUUGACAACUUUUUGCUCCCAGACUCACUUCUGAGAUACAAAGUUUAUCAUGGAGCUCAAGGCAGACGGACGGAGGUCAAGACAAGCACCGGCCUCUCAGUGACGCGAGACCUUAAAUGUGGCACAAACUAUCAAAGGUUUUGAGUGCAAGAGGAUAGUCAGUGGGGAAAUAUUUGACCUCCGUACCCUCUGCCUCAGGUUUACAGAAAUUGGUGCAGUACGAGCAACGGACGCUUUUUCGUUGUAUAGGUACUCUGUGUGUGAUCGUCACAGUUUCUCUGUGCGUGUAGAAGCUAUCUAUGGAGACAAGAUCCUUAGUAGGGACUGAGCGCAUGGACACAAAGAUCAUAUCAGGAAGUGAGAGGAAAGGUCAUAAGAGAAAGCUGGCAGAUACUUCUUUAGGGCUUGUAGCCGCGGAUGGGCCGAACAACCAUCUCAUCCUAGAUGUAAGAAAUCAGAUUGAAGUACUGAAGGGUUGUACAUCUUGGAGGGAGGCCGAUCGCGUUGCAGCCCGUCGUGCAGCCCACUCAUUGGCAGAGCUUGCCAAGCAUGAAGAGCAUGUUGAAACAAUAGUAGACGAAGGUGCUGUUGAUGCCCUCGUUCCACACCUUUGCGCUCCGCUUGUUGAAGAAGGAGGAGGGCCCAUAUCAUGUGAACAUGAAGUGGAGAAAGACGCGGCGUUCGCUUUAGGACUACUCGCUGUCAAGCCGGAGCAUCAACGUCUCAUAGCGGAUGCAGGCGCACUUCCCCUCCUUGUUUCUCUGUUGGUGCGAAAGGUUUGCGCAUCAAAUGCCCGCGUUGUGAAUGGCGUUGUCCGACGGGCUGCUGAUGCCAUAACCAAUCUCGCGCACGAAAAUGCAAACAUCAAGAGCAGAGUGAGGACUGAGGGUGGUAUACCUCCUCUCGUUGAGCUCUUAGAGUCAACCGAUACGAAAGUACAACGUGCGGCAGCUGGUGCCUUGCGCACGCUUGCGUUCAAAAAUGAGGCGAAUAAGAAUCAGAUUGUGGAGAAAAAUGCUCUUCCAACACUGAUUUUUAUGCUUCGAUCAGAAGAUGUCGGCAUCCAUUAUGAAGCGGUUGGAGUGAUCGGGAAUCUUGUUCACAGCUCGGUAAACAUCAAGAAAGAAGUUCUCAACGCGGGUGCUCUCCAACCAGUGAUAGGUCUACUGAGUUCGAGGUGCCAAGAAAGUCAGAGAGAGGCAGCGUUGUUACUGGGACAGUUUGCAACUACAGAUCCCGAGUGUAAGGUUCACAUCGUGCAACGUGGCGCGGUUCGGCCCCUAAUCAGGAUGCUUGAGGCACAGGAUCCUCAGCUUCGUGAGAUGGCAGCGUUUGCUCUAGGUCGCCUUGCUCAGUCUGUGCAGAACACCCAUAACCAAGCAGGAAUCGUACAUGACGGGGGUUUGAGACCCUUGCUAGAGCUACUUGAUUCAAAGAAUGGGUCAUUACAGCACAAUGCAGCUUUUGCCCUGUAUGGUUUAGCUGAUAAUGAGGACAACGUUUCUGACAUAGUUAAGGAGGGUGGUGUGCAACGAUUGCAAGAUGGAGAUCUGAUUGUUCAGGCAUCCAAGGACUGUGUACAAAAGACUCUCAAAAGGCUUGAGGAAAAGAUCCACGGAAGGGUGCUGAAGCAUCUGCUAUAUCUCAUGAGAUCUAACGAGAAAGUUGUACAACGGAGGGUCGCCUGUACUCUGGCUCAUCUAUGCACCCCAGAUGACCAGCGGAGCAUCUUCAUUGAACAUAAUGGAAUGGAUGUUCUUUUAGAGAUGCUACUUGCGUUUUCCUUACCGAAAUUGCAACGAGAUGGCGCGUUGGCCCUUCAUAGACUAGCCACGAAGGCAAAUAACUCUUCGCCUCUUGAUACAACUCCACAACCUCCGACUCCUCAGGUGUACUUGGGUGAGCAGUACGUCAACAAUAAUACACUCUCCGACGUGACAUUCCUUGUCGAAGGGAAACGGUUUUACGCUCACAGAAUUGCUCUAUUGGCCUCAUCUGACGCAUUCCGAGCUAUGUUUGAUGGUGGCUAUAGGGCUGUGGAAGGCACACUAGCCAGCAAAUGGCGAGAAAACGGGGAUAAUUUGGGGGGGACCUACGGUCUGUUACAGACUUAUUGUACCGAGGAAAAAGAGGCGAAGGACAUCGAAAUUCCAAACAUAAGUUGGAAGGUGUUCGAACUUAUGAUGAGGUGCAUCUAUACAGGUGCCGUUGAAGUCCUUACAGACGUGGCUCAGGAUUUAUUACGAGCCGCCGAUCAAUAUUUGCUAGAAGGCCUCAAAAGGCUUUGCGAGUUAACUAUAGCGAAGGAUCUUACUGUGGAGAACGUCGCGAACGUUUAUGAUCUGGCAGAAGCUUACCACGCAGUAUCUCUACGACAUACGUGCGUCUUGUUUAUUUUGGAACAGCAUGAACAGAUGUGUAAUCUGCCAGGAUAUCAAAACUUGAUCGCGCGGAUCAUUCCGGAGAUUCGCGACUAUCUGCAUCGAAUUUUGAGACCACAGGACUAUGUGCAUCGAAUUUUGAGACCACGGCCACACCCGUGCAGAUCCUGUUGAAAACAAUCCUAAAUCAGGAAGUCCCGUAUGCUGUCUGAACACUCUUAGUGGUCACAUUUUUGCAAUUGCUAUUCUUUGGGGGCUCCAAGACCGCAUGUGCAUGAAGGAAAUGUGAAUGCAGGGUCCGAACCAAGCCACUGUCUGCUUCCGAUGUGAGUUAUGUGCAAUUGGCAUAAGAUGUACUGAAUUCUGGAAUCAGCAUCGAGAAAUCAUCUGAGGCCGCUUAGUCAUCACUCCCUGUUGCUUCUCUUUCGGCAAGAGAGUUUCAGCUUCUGGAUCCAGACAUGCGAUCCUGUGCGAGGUGCCUGAGACCGAAUACAUCGUGUCUCUGAUGACGACACAAGCGGGAAGUGUUUGUACAGCGGAGGUGGUGGAUUUCCAUCUCAGUCCUCACUGUCUCUAGGUUGAUUGUUGAGGAAUUUAUUCCUCUGGUGGUGUGAGGAUUUUUAGUGGACUCUGCAGGUGAAUUCUCUACCAAGCGGAAGCGGAUUGGGAUAUGCCUGCCAUAGCUGACCUGAGCUGAUCGCGUCUUACCAGUCAUUUUCCAGAUGUGGAAUAUCCCAGAUUGUCGGUCUUGGUAAAAUAUGGUUUCUGGCCCUAAUAUUGGUCGAUGAGAUCCAGAUGUAAAAGUUGGUGUAUUAUAAGGACAGCUUCUUUAGGUAGCACAGCACUUCAUGAAGAAUUAUGCAGUGUUAAUGGUAGUCGGUGGUUGACGUCACUUGGAGUACAUUCCGGAGAAUGUCGGUAGCGUUUCUACAGUGAAAGUCAUUGUUGGAGAAGUUGGAGAAGUGAUUCUUGGCUAACCAUUCAGUACCAGGUAUCCGUGGAUAUCUCUACACCCUUUUCUCGAUUUGGGAAAACUGUAGGGUUGUUUUGGAACCCCUUACAGUUAGAAGUCAGUGUAAGACUAUCUGGACAAUGUCGGGAUGGUUCACAAAAUUUUCUUUGCAAAGGGUGUACUCGAAGAUCUUUGAGGUGGAUUGGUUUUGAGCGGCAGUGUCGAUGUUAGUGCUCGUAACAAUUCGUGGUCCGUCAUUACUGCCAUCUUUACCUUCCGGGUGACUGCAACUUAAAACCUAGAUCUACAAUCUUGUCACUGAGGCUCCCCACGAUGAGCAGCCGUAUGGUGAAAACAAACUACCAAAUCUGUUUUUCGGUGCCAUCGGAAAUCUGUGAGUCAUUUGAAGUGCUCGAAUGAAGGAUUGCUUAUUCCAAGCUUAAAGUUUACUUGUUACAAUGUAAUUAAUAUUGAUACUACAACCGAUGUUCCAAACCUUCUAGACGCC